CUCAGAGGAAAAGCACACAACAGCUUCAGCUGAGCCGUCAAUCAGCAGCAGCCGCCUCAUCUGUGGGCCGCAGGGGCUGAUGGGAGGUUUGAGGAGGCGUCAGAAACCACAUGACCCUCGUCUGAGCUCACAGCUCGUCCUUGUUUGGCCUCAGCUGCAUCAGAGCUCCACUUCUCCCCAGCUUCACCAGAGGAAACACCACGGCACAAAAUGCUUUUCCUCCCAGCUGCUGCUCUGUGCUGUCUGUGUUCAGCGCUGGUUGCCAUGGCAGCAGAGCUGAUUCAGGACCAGUUAUCAUUGACCAGGAGAGUUGGUGACACAGUCUCGUUCAGCUGUGGAGGAACUGACCAGUGUGACGAUGAUUGGGUAUCCUGGUUCCAGAAGAAAGAGACAGAAACAUUCACACUGAUUCUUGCUAUUAACGGGAAUACUAGUGAAGUUAAUUCAGAUUUCAAUCAUCCUCAGAAAGAUGAUUUCACAGCUGUUAAGAAACCAAACGGCUGUGAGUUGAAGAUAGAGAAAGUUCAACUCUCUCAUUCAGCCUCCUACUACUGCUCCUGUCUGAAGAAAGAUCCCCACAGUGAGAAAUGAUCCCUGCAGCCUGAACAAAAACCUCCAGAUGAACAGAUGUCAAACAGUGUUAGUGACAGGAAGAGAGCAGGAAACCACAGCCCAGGUUCACAUAUUUCACCUCCAGCUCACACACUUUCUCUUGACUUUUCUUUGAUAUUGAUUGAUAUUUUGAUCAGAUAUUUCAGCAGGUUUCCUGUUGCUCCUCACAGUGAGGACAAAGAAGAAACACAGAAGCACAAUAAUAAAACAAGAUGAAGAGAAAACUAUCAAAGAAACUCAAUGAAUCAAAUCAGAUCCAACAGAAAAGCUGGAAACAACAAAGAAACUUUAAAUCACAUGAGAAAAAUUGGAGCAUUGACAUGUACAAAGACAAGUGUGAUGAGGCUCCAAGCCAAAGAUGACCAGGAGUCUACAGCCAAGCAGCAGCUCUGUGACGCUGGGCUUAGACACAGUGCUGCUUUCAGCUAAAUGCUAACAUGCUAACAGGCUGAAGUUUAGCAGCUACAAAGUUCAUCAUGUUGGUUGUUAUAGGAAAUGUUAGCAUGCUAACAUUGGACACAUUCAAAUGUGACCUGAUGAUGGCGCUAGAUGAAAAGUCAGAGCAUCACCAAAGUUAUUACAGUUCAUCCUCAGGGGAACAUGAACGUCUGAACCAAUUGAAAUGGGAAUAUUUGUUGAUAUAUUUCAGUGUGAAGAAAAAAGAAAAGAGAAGAAGAGACAGUCGUGUUGAUAUGAACAUUAGAGAAACACAUGAUGGAGCUGAAAUAUGAUCCUGGUUCAUAAUGUGGAUCCUUCACCUCAGCUGACACAUUCAGCAGCCGACAGGUUUUUGUAUCAGUCUUUUUCACUGUGGGAGGGAAAGUACUACGAGAUCUUUGGCUCUGGAACUAAACUGUAUGUAACAGAUGAGGCGGUAGUGAAGCCCGUGGUGAGCGUGUACCCAGCAGCACCCAGAGCCCACCCUGAGGGGAAGAGCUCCCUGCUGUGUCUGGCCUCAGCCAUGUCUCCUCCUCUGGUCCAGUUCUCCUGGAAGAGACAGAAGGAGGAUGGUUCUCUGGAGGAGCUGAAACCUGAUGAUGGAGAGCAGCUGGAGCUCAGAGAGUCGGGACGCACCGCCGCCAUCUUGCUGAUCCACCAGCCGGAGAACAGCACGUAUAAAUACCGCUGCUACGUCAAGCACGAGGGCGGCACAGUGGAGGCCCAAACACAACAAGAGGUUCCAGCUCCAGCAGCCCCCUGUCCUCCAGAGAGAGAGCCAGCACACCUGGCAGCUCUGCAGCAAGAUGACUUUGCAGUGGUUCCUCUGGAUCCUCUCCAGCCUCAGUGCAGGGUGAAGCUGCUCUGUCUGCUCUACACAGUGCUGAUAGUGAAGAGUCUGGUGUCCUGCUGUGGACUCUCUCUGCUGAUGAUCCUCACAAACAAGGGACCGUCCACCAACUGCAGACGUGCUGACUGACUGUUUUCUGCUCGUCUAUUCUCUCCAUCAAAUCUCAUCACUUCAUCUCAUUUAUCUCUUUGAUCCCUGUUUUAAAUUUAAGUCAAAUGAAUAUUUUUAUUCACAGGUUAUAUACAGUCUGCUUAAAAUUACAAAAACAUAUAUACACAUAUUUUCACUUAUUAAAUCUACAUUUUUUGUUUUUAAUCUUGAAAUUUUGCUGAAUCAUUAGCUGCUUGGUAGAUAUUUCACUGUGUAUGGUGUUUUUAUCCUCUUGUUUUUCAUUUCAAUACAUUUUAAUCUGAAAAAGAAUUCAUCAGUGUUACUCUGAAUACAAUGAAAAUCUAAUUUCUUUCACGGUUUACUAUUUUUUUUCUUUGAUUUUCUUUUGGUUUUGGAUUAAAUCAUCAGAAAAAAACUAUAUUGAAUAUUUUUACUGGCACAUUUAGCUAUUUAAUCCAUACAAGUAGUUGUGGGUGUACCACCAGGUUCAGUGCUGGGCCCCCUGAUAAUUUAGGUUGUAUAUUAAUCAUCUUUAAUAAUUGUCUCAGUGUGGAUGUGAAACUCUACACUGAUGACAGUGUUGUUUACAUCAGUACGCGCUUUUACAAACAUGAACAAUCAGAGAUGUGGUGAAACUAUAGUUGUUAUAAAAAUGAUCAAACAGCAACUUGAACAUAAGAGCAGAAGGUUAAAUUGUUAGGUGACCCAAAUGCAAGUUUAAUCUUAUAGUUUUAUCAUUACAAAAUAUAAGUGAACUAAGAAUUCUAUUUAUCCAGCGCACAGAAGCACAGACAGCUACACUGAUAACAACUGAAGCUUGAAUGUAAUUCACUAGAGGUCAGUGGAUUCAUGAGGUGAACUCAUUAACAUCUGGCCUGAUUGCGAUGCACAUACUUCUCUGACAACAGCUUGUGUUUUUGAUCAACUGUAACCUACUGAAAUAAAGAGAGCUGAGGUGAACCAA